AUGCCGCGGGUCAGCGUCAAGGUCGUGGCCGCAGAGAGCCUCUACAAGCGCGACGUGUUCCGCCAGCCGGACCCGUUUGCCGUGAUCACCGUGGACGGGCUGCAGACCAAAACCACCAAGACCGCCAAGAAAACGCUCAACCCCUACUGGAACGAGACCUUCUCCUUGGACGCCAGCGAGGACUCCAUCUUGGUCAUCCAGGUGUUCGACCAGAAGAAGUUCAAGAAGAAGGACCAGGGCUUCUUGGGCGUGGUCAACGUGCGCGUGGGCGACGUCAUCGACCUCUCCACGGCAAGCUUCGAGGAGACCAUCACACGUGACUUGAAGCGCCUGAACGAGAACUUGGCCGUCAGCGGCCGCGUGAUCGUCGUGCUUGGGCACAGCUCGGGCCCGGCCCCGGCGCCGGCGCCCGCCGCCUCCACGGCGCCCCCGGCCGCCCAUGCCGGCGCACCGCCGCCCCACUCCGCGGCCCUGGAGCCGCCCGCCGCCGCCGCCAACAAGCAGUACUCCUCCUUCGAGGACCAGCUCGGCCGCUUGCCGCCCGGCUGGGAGCGCCGCACCGACAACUUCGGCCGCACCUACUACGUCGACCACAACUCGCGCACGACCACCUGGCAGCGGCCCACCUUGGACCAGCUGGAGUCCGAGCGCGACCAGCAGCGCGACGACUACACGGAGGCGGAGCGCCGCCAGCACCGCGGCCGCACGCUCCCGGGCCAGACGCCGCAGUCGCCCGUGUUGAACACGGCCUCCAGCGGCAGCGUCACGGUCAACUCCUCGGGCGCCAACACGCCCGUGAGCCCCGCCGCGGCCGUGUCCAUGGCCGCCUCGGGCGCCACCACCCGCGGCUUGGGCGAGUUGCCCUCGGGCUGGGAGCAGCGCUUCACCAACGAGGGCCGCCCGUACUUCGUCGACCACAACACGAGAACCACCACCUGGGUCGACCCGCGCAGACAGCAGUACAUCCGCACGUUCGGGCCCAACACCACCAUCCAGCAGCAGCCGGUCAGCCAGUUGGGCCCGUUGCCCUCCGGCUGGGAGAUGCGCUUGACCAACACGGCGCGCGUGUACUUCGUCGACCACAACACCAAGACCACCACGUGGGACGACCCCCGCUUGCCGUCCUCCUUGGACCAGAACGUGCCGCAGUACAAGCGCGACUUCCGGCGGAAGGUCAUCUACUUCAGGUCGCAGCCGGCCUUGCGCAUCUUGCCUGGGCAGUGCCACAUCAAGGUCCGGAGAGACCACAUCUUCGAGGACUCCUACCAGGAGAUCAUGCGGCAGACCCCCGACGACUUGAAAAAGAGACUCAUGAUCAAGUUCGACGGCGAGGAGGGCUUGGACUACGGCGGUGUCUCCAGAGAGUUCUUCUUCUUGUUGUCCCACGACAUGUUCAAUCCGUUCUACUGCCUCUUCGAGUACUCGAGCCACGACAACUACACCUUGCAGAUCAACCCCAACUCGGGCAUCAACCCAGAACACUUGAACUACUUCAAGUUCAUCGGCAGAGUCGUGGGCUUGGGUGUCUUCCACAGAAGGUUCUUGGAUGCUUUCUUCGUGGGCGCGCUCUACAAGAUGAUGUUGCACAAGAAAGUGGUCUUGCAGGACAUGGAGGGCGUCGACGCGGAAUUCUACAGAUCCUUGCAGUGGAUCAUCGACAACGACAUCACCGACGUCUUGGAUCUCACCUUCAGCGCCGAAGACGACCAGUUCGGCCAGGUCGUCGAGGUCGACUUGAAGGCCGGAGGCAGGGACAUCGAGGUGACCGAGGACAACAAGCACGAGUACGUGGAGUUGAUUAGUGAGUGGAAGAUCUCCAGGAGAAUACAGGAACAAUUCAAGGCGUUCAUCGACGGCUUCAACGAGUUGAUCCCUCAGGAAUUGGUCAACGUCUUCGACGAAAGAGAGUUGGAGUUGUUGAUUGGUGGGUUGGCCGAAAUCGACGUGGACGACUGGAAAAAACACACCGACUACAGAGGCUACCAAGAAAGCGACCAAGUCGUGCAGUGGUUCUGGCGCUGUAUCAAGGAGUGGGACUCAGAGCAGAAGGCAAGAUUAUUGCAGUUCACUACCGGCACUUCCAGAAUCCCUGUCAACGGCUUCAAGGACUUGCAAGGCUCGGACGGGCCUCGCAGAUUCACCAUCGAAAAAGCUGGUGAGCCCCAACAGUUGCCCAAGUCUCACACAUGCUUUAAUAGGGUCGACUUACCCCCCUACACUAAUUAUGAGGCAUUGAAGCAAAAGCUUACUUUGGCCGUGGAAGAAACUGUGGGUUUCGGCCAAGAGUAA